UCCACGGGCACAAAAAUGAUUUUUAUACCCGAUAAAGACGACAAAGUUCACUUAAUCGCAGGAGUCUUCUAAAACUAUACAAAUAUGCAUCUGAACCAGUUUUUAUCACACUUUUAUCAGACGUGACAUAAAUGAAAGAAAGAUUUGUCUGUUUGGACUGGUGAAAUAAAUGUACAGCUGGCCAACAACGGUUCUUCGCACAAUUGCACAAGGUCCUUGUUCCAGCACGUCGCACUCAGGUGGGCCAGACAACAGGUGUGCACAAGUGGUUACUCGACCGUGCAGUAAUCUCUCAAUCAAUAAUACCCGUGGAGAGGUUCUGCUUCUAGUCAUUGUGUGGUUUGUGACCGAUGUGCCCGGCUACCAUGUUACUCACUGUUACUCGAUAAUGAGACGAUGAUGAUUGCGCGAAGGCCUAUUUAUACCAAACAACUUAAGGGCGAAGCAAAAGCUGAUCUGCGACAGAUCGACUUGAUCGCAAACGACGAACUAGUCUGUGGUAAUCUUUUUUACUUUACAGGGUGACAGUUUUAUAAACAUUGUGGAUCAUCAAACCACGCCAGAUUGACAAUCUUGAGCAGGUGAGGGUAGUGAAGUGCGUCGUUUGGCUCUUGGCAUGAGGAAGGGAGGUGGACCCGAGGUACCUUCUGCCAAGCGUGAGCGCCGGGCUAGGCAACUUCGCCUGGUCCUGCAGUGUGCUGGGCCGGGGAGCGUCACCGGUAGCCGCACCAGCCAGUGCCGUCGGGAAGGCAGGCCACAUGGCGGAUACAAAGGUCUGUCCAGCAAGUAUCCACUGUCCCGUCCCGGCUUUGACAACCAAGAGUUUAUGGAGGAGGUGACGAACGGUGUCAAUGCCCAAUACCAGGAGGAACAGAAAUGUCGCACCAACUCGCCGCAGUGGCUCCCUGCUGCUAACAAGGAAAAAAACCAUACAGGGGAGCAGCCUCUCAUACUGCAGAGCUUCCUGGCAGCAAAUAAGCAAGAGCAAGUAGACGGUGUGCUGCCUGCUCCCAAAUCCAUCGGCAAGAGGCAGAGCAAGAGUGCCGACAUGUACCAUGACAAUCCGGAUUACUUCUGCCGCGGAAACAGCAUGCACCAGUACCUGACGGCCACAGAGAUGCCGGGCCAGUCAGAGAGAUUAGUGGACCUGGCCCUGGGCCGACCCACUAGGACCAGCCUGCUGCGGGUGAGGCAGCGAACCAAAUCAGCACCUGGGGUACGGGCGGUAGUGGAGAUUAAGACUCAUCUACACAAACAGCAGCAACUGGUAGCCAAAACUGAAGAUCGUUACAAAAGUGUUGAUUUUCCACAAGAUUUGCUUCCAGUGACAGAAGAUGAUGAAACAGUCCAUCAGUUUCUGAUUGGUGCACGCUACAACAGAAUGUAUCACCAUGAUGCCAAAUGCCUCAAUAAACUCGGUCUCUUUGUCUCCAGACAAGACCCUCUGCACUGCUUCAAGAUGAACGUGCCUGCUAAGGAAGGCCAGAUGAAUGCACAAUUGAAAGGCAGUGUGUCGUCCUUGAACCUCACACAGAGCUGUGAAUCCUUUGGCAGCGACUCUAACGUGAGUGAAUUGGCUAUACUUAAUCAUGAUAGUCCAUGCCCUAAAUCAGCAUGGUCAGCUUCAGGACAGGAGGACCGGCCCACCGCCUCAAAGGGGACACUGCAGCGCACCACUCCUGCCCCCAGCCCGUCACCAGCCAACCGCAGCCAGGAGACGUUCUCUUCACGCCGCAGUCCAGGCUGGCGAAAGAGGCCCAAGCUGAAGAUAAUCGACGGCACAUCCCUGCAGAAUUCCCAUGCUACGCAGGACGGAGGCCAGGAGUGCUGCAUCAUUUGCAGGAGCGAGGAGCCCCCAAGACACUACCAGCGCUUCGCUCCGGGCAGUCACUUUAUCCGAGUCAAGGAGGCGGGGAGAGAGGAUGAGGAUGGAGAUUGGCACCACGACAAAGAUCACAUGCUGGUCCAGCAAUACCAUCUCCGCAUCAUGGGCAUCAAAUAUGGCAUGAAGUCUGGGCCUCACGCACCCCCGCGCAGCAAUUUGCUGUACACCUCCAAGAAGAUUGCUAACAUGACUGAACUGCCGUUCAUCAGGCAGUCAAAGAACCUCAGAGACACCAAUGGUAACGACAGCAGGUAUGACACUAAAACAGCACCAGGUGCAGAAGCCUCUUACGCAAGGCCAGAACGGCCAUCUUCAAACUCUAGCAAGAUCGCUGUCAGGGUUAGCUCCCAUAAUGAAGCCGCGGAAAAGGAGGUUAAGGCCGCACCCCCUGAAGACACCGUGAAGACUAGUGUCAUUGCAGACAGAGAAUGUACCAAAGAUGGCAGCGACAAUCCGUGUGGGAACGUCACAGCAAGUGGACAAACUCAGCAGACGGAAUCAUAUAAGGAAGCUGUGGGCAGGCUGAGGCUCCACGAUGCACCAAGUGGAGAUAUAUAUACGUCGGCGGGCAGAGACACCAAUGUAGAUAGUCCAAGUGAAGCUGUCACAGCCAGUGGUAUAGAGCAGCAAAAGGAUGGCAGUGCUGUUGUUAAGAAUGCUGAAACUACUGCAGACUCAGGGUCAGGAAUCUCCCAGGAUGUACCAGUUGAGGGCAGUGGAGAUGCAGACCAGGAUAACGCUGGAGAUGAUGAGCCUAAGGAUAACAGCAACUUGGGAAAUGGUGUAAGGGAAGAGCCAACAGAUGCCCAACCAGGAGAAAACCAAGACUCACCAGGAGCGAGCCAUGAUAUAGCUGGAGAAGACAUUCACAAUGACCCUCUGACUGAUGAGAGUGGCAAGGAACUACCAGAAAGCACAGAAAGUCAAAGCCUGACUGACAUAGCUAUUAAGGACCCUUCUGAGGCAGCUACCGGUAAUCAUGGAGAUCAGUAGAAAUACAUGGAAAAGAGCUGUGAGGGUAGUAUGGGUGAAUGGUAUUGUUUGACAGGAGGAACUACAAGUACAGCGGACAGGCUUGUUGAAAAAAAAAAGAUUCACCUAGGGCAUCGCAACAAUUAGUAAAUGGUCUAACCCGCUGACGUCCAUUUGACAGGCUAUUUUGACAAUGGUUUAUCACAUUGAUUCAUCUGAGCAGUCCCUCAACAGUUUGACACUGGUGUUAAUGUUCUCAUGCAUAUUAACACUAUUAUAUCAGAAACUGAUUGCAAGAAGUGCAAGGUCACUCCAAAAAUUAUACAAAAUCUUGCAAAAGCAAACAAGAUUUACUGGAAUACAGUGCCCUCUGGGUGAUAAGAGUGCAGGUAGGAACUACCGGUACCGUGAAACAUAUAGAUUCAAAGUCCUAGUGAAAUUAAAAAGGACCCUCCUGCAGGAGAAAAUGCAUUGGAUUAGUAGACAGGGAAAGUUAUGAGCUGUUUAAUAGGAGGAACUGGAUGGCAGGGACCUCUGCGGAAAAGAACAGAUUGACCCAGCCGAACAAAAGGAGUCAGAGCUACUUAGGAGUGGAGGACCUUGAAAAGAAUCUUGCACAGUUUGCAUUGUAAAUCCAUAGAUUUCCUCAACAUUUUUCACCCACAUGGUGUCCAUUUUCAUCGGGAUGUCAAACUUCGAUACGUCAAAAGAAAGAAAGAACUUUUCUCUAUCUGAUCCACAUUGGAGCAAAAUUACAGGGAAAAUCGUCUCACGAUGCAUUUCAUAGAAGCCGGUUACAAAUGUGCGAUGCUCAUGACAUGUAGCAAAUGGUGUGUUGCCAACUGGAGUCUGCAUGAGUUAACGCAGAUUGCAACGAUAUGUUAAAAUUGUCAGAUUUGGGACUCUGUGACAAUCAGUCGGUCAGAAGUCCUUAAACGGCCAUGAUUUACUGCUGUCAGUGUUUCUAUGCAUGUACAUUGCUAUUUUUCAGUGCUGUUUUAUUGUUUUUUUGUCAAUGUGAUCUGAGUGGUCUUGCGAAGAUCACAACAUGCAACAAAUUAACUUCAGCAAUGCAAAUCAAAUCAGCUAGGUACCAAUCUGCCUUCCAAUUGGCGCCAGGCCCGUGGCAUCAAGCAUCCUCCACUUGCCAAUGGGGAAUGGGACCUUGUGACCUUAUGCAAAUCUGAAAAGAGGCCGAGAUAGUACUGUCUUAUUUAAGACCACUUCAGUCUGUUCAACCCUUGGUCAUGAGUGAUGUCAGAUUGCCUGUCAGAAUUAAUAUUUCUGGGAAAUCAUUGACUUGGCCUAGAGAUCAAUCUAGUUAACAGCAGCUUUGCUACAGUCCCUACACUGCCAUUAUACUCUGAACUUAAUUUUCUAAAUGUCGAAGUAGAUUCCUUUUAUACCGUACUGCUGUUUUUUUCAACUCUAUGUUUUCCUUUUGAAAUCUUGUUGAAUUACUUGCCUUUUGGUUUGCAUUUUAACUAACAAGUGUGCUUGAUCGUUGAAAAAGGAAAAUGGGACAGUAUAUUGAAACAAGUUUUAAAGAAUUUUAUUGAAGCCAGGUUGGGUAGAAACUGGUGAAUGGAGAACGUAUUCAUUGAUAAUAUGGCGGCAUUGCUAUUCCUCACUUCAGAAUUUGAAUCAUGUUUGUAGUGCAUGUUUACAGCGUCUCACCAGUAGUCUGCCUGCAUUUCCCAAAGCUAUUUUGAUUAGUAGUGAAAAGAUUUCUAGAAUAGUUUGUAAUUUCCCUUACACAUAAUUAUAUACAUGUAAUUUUAGUACAUGUACUGAAUGUUGUCAAGUAAAAAUGUAGGAUAUCUAUGUAUAUCAAAUACCCCUGGCAAAAUAGACAAAUUUAAUUGUGCUUUUUCCUACGCAGGUUACUUCAUCUCAUUGUUCUUUGACCCCAUAAACCUAAAAAAGAAAUUGCACUAAAAAAUUUAACUUUUUUUUCGUGUUUUUAAUAUUCUACUUCAGUCAAUAGGUAGAAAAAAAUCAUCUAGGACAUAAAAUAUAUACAUUUAUAUAGAGCUAUUAAGAAAAUCAAAACAGGUCAAUAAAAAUAAGCAAGUAAAAUAUCAGUUUAUUUAUUAUUUAUAGAAUUCUUUAGUGAAAGCAUUAUAUAUGAAUGCUUUCCCUGUUUCAGGAACAGGUUGUGUGAAACACAGAAAAGAUGGAGUUAUUUAAGAGUAAAAUCAUCGACACUAAAUUAUUGUUGUAACUGGCAGUUCCACUGCAUGUACUUUAUUUAAACUCGAGAUACUUUGACAGCCAAAGGCACGUCAUCAAUAGCAGAAGUUGACAUGACAGGACAAGCAAGCACUGCAUAUGUAGCUUAUAAACAUGCUUGCUCUGUUAAUUUCCAGUGAUUUUAUGAAAAGUGACAACGAAAAAACUAAUAUUGCUGUAAACCAACCCUUUUCAACGAAGGACUUUAACGGGUGUUUGUUGUGUGUAGUGCAUGGACUUUAUGCCAGUUGCAUGUAAUGUGCAGCAAUGUAAAUAAAAACACGCAAAGCUUUGCCAACAUU